GAUGCCUCCACUAGUUGUGGAAGGUACGCGAACCCUCCAGAAAAACAUGACCGACUCCCUCUUCUUUGUUUCUAUCUCUCCAAGCUGAAACAACAGGAAAAGAAAAGAAAAGAACAGAAAAUUUCGAGAAAGGGAGGGAGAAAAUGUUCUUCUUCUUCGUAGGAGGGGUGAACCAACAGGUCGGGCAGGUGCUGAAAUCGGGGGCAGGGAGGUGCAUAGCCUGCGGAUCACGAGCCGAUCUGGUGGAAUGCGAGAAAGUACUGCAGCUGUUCUUCGUCCCCGUCUGGCGGUGGCCCGGAAAAGAGCCUCUCAUGUACUGUAACAACUGCAAUAGCCUCUUUCCACCAAAGUUUUCUCCUCCUCCGCCGCCAUCCGCCGAUUCUCCGCCGCCGCGGCAGCUUCCCGAUUCGGCAUUUUCGGACGUCCUUCGCUGCCAAUUCUGUUCUCGGGAGGUUGAUCCCUCCUUCAGGUUCUGCCCCUUCUGCGGUUCUUCUCUGUAACUCUCUCUAGACGGACGCUAUGUGAAGAGGAGAGAAGAGAAAGGAAAAUUUAGGGCACGUUUGUUUAGGGUUUAAGGGUUUAUGUAAGGUUUGGUUUGGGGAUGGUAUUUUUGUACAGGGGUCUGUGGCUAAACUGGGUGGAAUUUCAAUAAAUUGCUGAUUUUUUAUGAAGGGGUUUACCAUUAAUUUGCA